AUUUUUAAUAAUUAACAAUGAUAUGGACACUGAUAACGUUGGGUGUUAGCUAGUAUUUUUAUUGAUAUCAUAAAUAAAUUUCGUGUGAGGCUGAAGAGUGAUUUGAAAGUUACCAGAAAUCCCAAAACAAAAAACAGCCGAAAAUGAAUUAAUGCAAUAUUUAUAAUUUCUCAGAUUUAUAUAGCUUCAUGAAAAUAUUUUAUCUAAAUAAAUACUUAAUUAAUUCAUCAAUCAAUUUUUAUGUCAUUUAAAUUAGAAUUACGUAAGGUAAUAAUGAGAUAAUUCACAGAAUUAUUUGCUUUUGGAUUAAGAUAUUUAUCUGUAAUGAAAUAGAUUGUACUCGUAAUGAGGACAGAAACAUUGAAUGUAUGAACACUGACAUUAUUUUGGUGAGGAUGCUUAAACUAACAGCUGUUUUCACUAUUUGGCUUGCUGUAGUUUCAGCGGCACCAGCCGACCCAAUUCUUCGUAAAUUGGACCCAACUCUGCGUUUUCAACAUGAACGGGAUUCUACCGGGAAGUACCAUUUGGUUGACAUGUGGAUGACCUUAAGUGACCUCGCUGAAGCGAACAGAUACAGCCCUGUUACUGAUAAUGUCUACCAUCUUUUUACUAGAGCUAACCCUACAGUGAGUCAGCCUAUGCACACAAACAGCAUUGGCCUGCUCCAAGCAAGUAAUUACAACAACGGACGUCGAACCAUAGUCCUCAUCCAUGGCUGGAGAGACAGUCCCAUCUCAGACUCUAUGGUCGCUUUGAUCCCAGCAUUUUUAGCCGCCGAAGACCUGAAUGUUUUCGUCGUAGACUGGACUGCUGCGUCUGACUCCAUAAAUUACCCGGUCGUACUUUCAAAUGCUGUUGAAUCCGGACGGGCCAUCGGUCAUUUUAUAAACUGGUUGAACGAAGCCACAGGGAGCUCCCCGGUGCAAUACCACAUCGUCGGCCAUGGACUUGGAGGACACCAAGCGGGUAUAGCUGCUAGGACUGUGGUUGGAGAUGUGGCCUAUGUUACUGGUCUUGACCCCUCUAUGGUGGGGUGGAUUAACCACAGCGACCGUUUCAGCCCAAACGACGGCUCUUACACCGAAGUGAUCCACACCAACUGCGGGGUCAACGGUUACAUUUCAGACUUGGCCCAGGUCGAUUUCUAUCCGAACGGCGGAGAAUCUAUGCCCGGUUGCGACUCCCACGCUUGUGACCACGCCAGGAGCUACUUCUACUUUGCUGAGUCUAUCACCACUGGUGGCUUUACUGGCAGACAGUGCGUUAAUUACUUGGCUGCCGUACUCCAGACCUGCAAUGUACUUCCUGGCACGCUCCAAAUGGGUGGUUUGAGACCCAAAUACGGGAGUUCUGGAGUAUAUCUAGUCUGGACUAAUGCCGCACCCCCUUUCUCACUGAACUAACGGGAACAAAGGAUAUUUUGUGAUCCCUGGCUGGUUAAGAUAGAAAAUAAACUUUUUCAGAUUAUAAUUUUAUUUAUUGUUCCAUAAUGUAUUUAACUGGUUAGUAAAAUUCCAUGCCCUUUAUUUGGGCUUGGUUUAAAAAAUUUUUAGUUUUAUCAACUCCUCAAAUGAUUGAAGGGCAUGAGGAUUUUUUGCAAUUUAUUUGCCCAGUUCAAAAAUACAUAUAUAUGUAAACAAUA